ACCAGUCACCAGUCGGCGACAGGACAAGCACGCUUAGCUUAGAGUUGGAGUUGCUGCCGAGGAGUCGACCUGACUAGCCUGCGUCAGGGCCGCUCCGAACCGAGAGUUAGUGCGUGAGUGUCGGACAGGCAGCCAGUCGGACGAGACACCCGCACCGACCAUCCGACCGACUCGGCGCCGCAACCCCCCGCGUCCACUUGCAACCUGGCUUCCCGUCGAUUCGCCCACAAGCAUUACUAAUACGCAGGUGUAAGCGGAAGCGGGCACCAUGAGGAACAACUCGCUGCUCAGGUGGGCGCAGGGCAACAAUAAAAACAACGCGCAGACGAAAAAUGGGGGCGGCAACAGCAAGGCGUGGAUACACCCUCCGGACGCCCUUCUGCGGGGACACAUUGCCUAUCUAGUCAAGUUUUUUGGAAGCACCCGCGUGGACCAGCCCAAAGGCAUUGAAGUGGUCAAGGAAGGCAUCCGCAAGCUCAAGUUCUGCGAGCAGCUGCGCAAGUCGGAGGGAGGUGGUCCCAAAGGGAAGGUGGAGCUGACCAUCAGCGUGGACGGCGUUGCUGUCCAAGAGCCAAAGGGAGCCAAACGCAUUCUGCACCAGUACCCGCUGCACCGCAUCUCGUACUGCGCAGACGACAAGGGCGAAAAGCGCUUCUUCAGCUUCAUCGCCAAGGAGGCCGACUCUGACACGCACAUGUGCUACGUUUUCAUCUCUGAUAAGCUGGCUGAGGACAUCACACUAACCAUUGGUCAGGCGUUUGAGCUGGCAUAUCGACGAUUCCUUGAGACGUCCGGCAAGGACCUGGCUAGUCAGCACCGCAUCAAGACCUUGGAGGACCGCAAUUCGCAGCUGGAGACUGAGAAUGGAGAGCUCAAGCGCCGCUUGCAGGAUCUGGUGGCAAUCGCUCCUCAGGGUGAAGUGCAAGAGUACCUGCGGCGCCGUCAGCUGGCAGACAUCACAGAGACGUGUGCGUCAAGCGCGAGCAGCCUGAGCGCAUCAGGCGGCGACGAGCCGAUGUACGUGAGCAGCAGCGGCGGCAGCACCUCCAGCAGCGAGGGCCUCAAGUGUCCACCGGUGCCUCCGCGCGCCUUCGAGCGCAUCUCGGACCUGAUGGGCCCUCAGAUGGUCGCGGGGGCGUUGCAGCCGCCGCAGCAGCCACAGCCGGCCGUCGGCACGCGCCUCCAGGGCCUGCUGCUCGACCAGGACAUCGACGACUUCAACCCCCGUGCGCACGAAGACAGCAAAAAUGGAAACUACACCUCAACCGUGCCCCCGCCAUUGGCGCCGCCGCCAAAGCCCCCUCGCGAGGGAGGCCCACGUCGCUCUCUGGGCUCGCAGGAUCCUUUCUCUUGCGACGACUUCAACCCCCGCGCCGGGGAAGAGGAUCCAUUUGGAAUGGGAGAAUUCACCGGUGCUCACUUCGAUCAGCAGAUAAUGGAAAUGAAGGAUGGAUUCAGCCGCGGAUUGUCGUUUGGCAAUGACAAUUUCUCCCUGGAGAGUCUGGACCCGCUGAAGAAUUAAGUGCAACGAGAGUGAGAAGGGACCUGUCCUUUUGUUGUUUUUUUUUCUUCUUCUGGCUGAUCAACAGCAUUGCUGUUUGUACAUAGCUCUUAUGAUUGUAAAUAUUUUUACUUGAGAGAAUAAUAUAUUAUAUAAAUAUUAUAAUAAUUAUCAAAAAGUGCAAUUAAUAGGUAGAUAUGAAUUAGAUUAAAAAUUUGUAUUUCGUACAAGGUUUAACUGAAGAUUUUAUCUGCCCUCCCUCCCACGCAUCUUGUACAUUUUUCUAUGCCAAUUGUUGUAUACUGUUACACUGGAGAGGUCAAUUGACGCAAUAAAUGAAAGUAAAAAGCAUUUAAUGUUAA